AUGAUUGGGAAUAUUUCAUCAAAUUUCUCUAAUAUAGUCAUCAUCGGGGAAAGGAUUGAGAAUGGCAUGAGGAGUGGGAAGAUUGCGGUUGACCUUGUUGGAAUAGUUGGUUCAAGAAAAUUUUCAAGUGGUGCAGGAAAGAAGAAGGAAGGAGACACAAAUGCAGUGACAUUCAACUCUCCUGGGAUACCCAACAAAAAGUCUCCUCAUUUCUAUACCCCUCACAUGGCCUACCCAAAUAUUACCGCCAUUGCACCAUAUCCUCAACAACCUGUCCAUCAAGCUCUGCAAGCUUCACCUACAACACCUACCAUACGACCACUUCAAUCUACCCAACCAUGGAACCAAAAUCCUAGUCAUACGAGGUCACAAAACACCCAAGACCGAAAACCGAUUGAGUUUGACCCUAUCUCUAUGUCCUAUACUGAGUUGUUCCCUCUCCUACUACAAAAUUCAUUAGUAGUACCUUGCCCAAUGAAGCCCGUAGAACCACCAUAUCCUAGGGGAUACGAUGCUAAUUCCAAAUGUGACUAUCAUGCGGGAUUUAUUGGUCACUCCCUCGAGAAUUGUAGAGCUUUGAAAUUUAAGGUACAAAAUUUGAUUAAGGCUGGGUGGUUAAACUUCAAAGAGGAUAAUCCUAAUAUCGGGAACAAUCCUCUACCAGGGCAUGGAGGGCCUACAGUUAAUUCUAUUGAGGAGAAUAAAGAACAGUUCAUGAUAAGGACAGUGAAGGAUGUAAAAACUCCCUUAAACCUCAUUUUUAAGGAGAUGUGUAAGUUUGGGAUGUUGGAAGGAAGUCAUGGUAAAGAUGAGGGGUGUGGAUUGCAUCCUGGUAAUAGUCACAAGAUUGAUGAAUGUGACGAGUUUAAACAAAUUCUACAAGAUUUAAUGGAAAAGCAACUUAUACAGGUCGGCUAUUUUGAAUUUCAUGUGGGGGCUGUGGAUUCAAAUGUAAGUUGCCCAAAACCCCUGGUUGUCCAUUAUACCAAGGGUAAGAACAUUUUGAAUGUUGACAGACCAAAGCCUAUCACAAUACAAGUACCAAGAGCUUUUCCCUACAAGGAUAAUAAAGCAGUGCCAUGGAGAUAUGGUGCAAAAGUUUGCAUUGAUGCCUCUAAAGAGGGAUUAGAAGCCACUGACAUCACAAAUGUUGCUGACGUUGGUGGAAUGACUCGAAGUGGUCAAAUUUACACUCCUGAAGAGUUGAAAAUCAAACAAGCUAAAUCGGUAAAGAAGAGUCAUGAGAAAGGAAAGGAAGUGGUGGAUGAAAGGAUAAUCAAAGAGCAAGAAGAGGAGAAGAAGCAAGUCUUUGACGAAGAGGCACAUGAGUUUCUAAAACUCAUACGACAAAGUGAGUACACGGUGAUUGAUCAGUUGAACCGAAUCCCUGCCAGAAUAUCACUUUUCUCACUGAUGAUGAAUUCUGAACCCCAUAGAAGAAUAUUGUUGAAGAUAUUGAAUGAAGUUCAUGUCGUUCAUGACAUUUCCGAGGAGAAAUUCGAAGGUAUUGUUGGAAAUAUCACUGCCAAUAACUACCUUACCUUUACUGAUGAUGAGAUACCGGAGGAAGGAACAGGGCACAAUAAAGCUUUGCAUAUAUCAGUAAAAUGCAUGGACCAUAUCUUGGCGAGAGUUUUGGUUGAUAAUGGUUCUUCGUUGAAUGUGAUGCCAAAAGCAACAUUGGCAAAACUUCCUUAUGAUGGAUCAUAUAUUAAGCCAAGCACUAUGAUAGUUAGAGUUUUUGAUGGAUCUCGUAGAGAAGUCAUCAACGAGAUAAGCUUACCUAUCCAAAUUGGUCCUCUUACUUUUGAGGUAGUAUUUCAUGUGAUGGACAUUGCACCAGCUUACAGUUGCCUUUUGGGAAGACCUUGGAUUCAUUGUGCAAGGGUUGUACCCUCCACACUUCACCAAAAGCUGAAAUUUAUUGUGGAUGACACGUUAAUCAUUGUAUUGGCUGAAGAAGACCUAUUGGUUAGUAAACCUUCAUCCACUCCUUAUAUUGAAGUUGCUAAAGAAGCUUUGGAGACUUCAUUUCAAGGGCUCGAAAUUGCAAAUGUAAGUUAUGGAAAGAACAUUGUGAAGCCACAACCAUCUGGUGCCUCCAUGAUGGUAGCUAAAACCAUGUUAGGGAGUGGAUAUCAACAUGGUUGCGGACUGGGAAGAGAUGCACAAGGACCAAGCCAAUUUCCCGAAUUAAUAGAUAACAAAGAUCGAUUUGUUUUGGGCUUCAAACCCUCAAAGGCUUAUAAAUGGCGGGUUGUGUAUGAGAAAAGAGAAAGGAGGCUAGCCAUGCUGGAAAAUAGGGAGGCAAAAAUUGAUGGGGUCCCUAUUUGUGAUCUACGAGAAAGCUUUUGGAGUGUUGGGUUCGAGUUUCCAAACUCAAUAGCUCUUGUUGAGCAAGACUUUCAUGAGGAAGAACAGGCUAGUCUGGUUCGCGCUUGUCCACUGAACAUGGAGCUUAAUAAUUGGGAGAUUGUAGAGGUGCCUGUGGUUUUUAAUUCAGAUUUAAAAUUUGAGAAAAAUGCGCUUGAAAGUGACAAUGCUAGUGUUGCAUCAAAUAAUUUUGAUUGUCCCAUUAAUCAAACUUAUGAGGAAAUAGAGCAUGAUUUAGAGCCUUCCCCUAAGUUAUUAAGAUUAGUGGAACAAGAGGUCAAAGAGAUUCAACCACAUGAAGAGCUAACCGAGACAAUUAAUUUGGGUGAUAAAGAGGAAAAAAAAGAAGUCAAGAUUGGCAUGCUCAUGAAAGAACCUGAACAUAAUAAGUUGAUAAGGCUUUUACAUGAUUACAAGGGUGUCUUCGCUUGGUCGUAUCAGGAUAUGCCAGGGCUUGAUACUAGCAUAGUGGAACACAAGCUACCGUUGAAGCCAGAAUGUCCUCCCGUCAAACAAAAGUUGAGAUGA